AUGUCUAUCCCCCGUCGUCUGCCCCCCGGUUCGCAAGCUCGCACUGCUCGCACUCGCAGGAGGACGUGGACGGAGCCGACGGCGGAGGAGGCGGUGCAGCAGCAGCAGCAGCAGCAGCAGCAGCAGCAGCAGCAGCAGCAGCGGCCAGGGUAUUCGUACCAAGCUGUGCUGUGCUGCGCUGUGCUUUACCCCCGUGCGCAUUCGCACAAUUCGCGGCCGUACUGUAUUCCCUUGUCUCGGCGCCGUAAACUGUAA